AUGGAAACAUACACCACUGAAGAAGGUGAUUGGAUGACUCGCGAAAGAAUUGCAAGAGUAAUUAUCAAAAAUUCUUUGGGCCCUACAGAUUACCAACAAAUUCUUUUUGCAAAGAUAGUGGAAAUGAUAUGGAAAGUUUUAAUAAGCCUCCAUCGGUCAACAGGCGCACAGGCAAAAGUCGACAUGAUCUGGAACUUUUGGAGCAAAAGAUGUAGCGAAAGCGCCUCUGUACGUGAGCAUAUUGGCGACAUUCGCUCUCUACACAUGGAAUUGGCAGAAACAGGAAUUAUAUUUGGAGAUUACUUAUUGGCUAGAUCAAUGAGCAAGUCUCUUCCUCCUUACGACGGCUUCGUAUCCUCAAUCUUCGCUGGCAUUAGAGAUUUGAAAAAAGCAGACCCUAACUAUAUGGCAAAUAAAAUUUUUGAAGAGGAGAUGUGUCGGAAUAGUAAAUAUGAAUAG